UCUGGUUGGAAAAAUAGAGAGACUACUUAUAAAAGUCGUCUGCUGGUAGCAAGGAAAACGCAGUCUUCUAUUUCCCUUACGCGCUUGAGUAAGCGGCUUAGGCUAGAGAUUUUCCGGUUUUCCACAGAACGGUGCUACACAUCAGUAUUUGUGCACGAUGUCUGUUGUUCCUAUGAUGUUCCGAGACUGGUGGGAUGAUUUUGAUACUCCGUUCCGCACUUCGCGUCUUCUAGAUCAGCAUUUCGGCACCGGACUACGUGCUGAUGAUCUUUUUUCGUCCUUGUCUACGCGUACACCAACCUCACCGCUGCUCAGAUCUGGCUACUAUCGACCAUGGCGAAACACGGCUCUUGCCCGGCAAGAUUCCGGCUCAACGCUGAAUCUGGACAAAGACAAGUACCAAAUCAUUCUGGAUGUGCAACAGUUUACCCCGGAAGAGAUCACCGUGAAGACUACCGAGAAGUACAUUGUCGUCGAGGGAAAGCACGAGGAGAAACAGGACGAGCAUGGUUUCGUAUCGCGUCACUUCACCCGUCGCUACAUGUUACCAAGUGGCCACGAUGCAAAUGACGUAGUCUCGACGCUCUCGUCCGAUGGUGUGCUAACGGUGACGGCACCGAAAAAAGCUAUAGCGGCGUCCAACCCCGAGCGCAGUGUUCCCAUACAACAGACAGGCCAGCCGGCCAAGGAGCAAAGCGAGCCGAAGAUCGAUCAUCCUUGAAGCUGGAGAAUGACACCGCGCAGAAAACGCAAAGAAAAAAGUACCUUUAUGCUUUUCAUGGUUUCAUUUAAGUAGUAUUCAACAGAUGCCUUUUAAGUUUCCUUUUUUGUGUAACUAUUCAAUGUACGAUGCAUGAAAGAUGAGUAAUAAUUAAUAAAAUUAAACUUCCAUUUUUAUUCUAACAGUUUGAA